AAUCAUGGUCUCAUAGUCAUCAUUUAUACUCCUUUCUUGGAAGAAAAACCCAUCCCUCUCUUUCCCUCUCCCAGACAUGGAGGAUUCAAGAGAGCCGCUUCUCUCUCAAAGAGAGGACCAACACCACAACCAUCACCAUGAGGAUCUAGACCGUCUACACUCACUUCCCAUAUCAACAACAAGCACUUAUUCCUUCGUCCCCGAUGCCGAUGACAUCCCUCCUAUCAACGGCAUCCGUGAUUUCUUCAGAGAAUUCUACAAGGAGUCCAAAAAACUCUGGUACCUGGCCGGCCCUGCCAUCUUUACCACCGUUUGCCAGUACUCCCUCGGCGCUAUCACUCAAGUCUUCUCCGGUCAAGUUGGCACCCUGGCCCUCGCUGCCGUCUCCGUUGAGAACACUGUCAUCGCCGGCUUUUCCUACGGCGUCAUGCUUGGAAUGGGAAGUGCACUCGAAACGCUAUGUGGGCAAGCAUUUGGAGCAGGGCAGCUUGAUAUGCUAGGAAUCUAUUUGCAAAGAUCAUGGAUCAUUCUUGGUACUACAGCCUCACUUCUCUCAUUGCUGUAUAUCUUCGCCGCACAACUUUUGAAGCUGAUUGGGCAAACAGCAGCCAUAUCAAAGGCAGCUGGGAUAUUCUCAAUCUGGAUGAUACCACAGUUAUUCGCUUACGCCAUGAACUUCCCUAUGGCAAAAUUCUUGCAGGCUCAAAGCAAGAUCAUGGUCAUGGCCUUGAUCGCAGCUGCAGCCUUGGUUUUGCAUACAUUUUUUAGCUGGCUUUUGAUGCUAGAUUUGGGAUGGGGAUUGGUUGGAGCAGCGGUGGUGUUAAAUGCUUCUUGGUGGUUCAUUGAAUUGGCUCAGUUUUUAUAUAUUAUUAGUGGAACUUGUGGGCGAGCUUGGAAUGGAUUUUCAUGCAAGGCCUUUCAAAACUUGUGGGGUUUUGUUCGCUUGUCUCUUGCAUCUGCUGUUAUGCUUUGCUUAGAAGUUUGGUAUUUUGUGGCAUUGAUACUCUUUGCUGGAUACUUAAAGAACGCAGAGGUUUCAGUGGAUGCCUUGUCCAUAUGCAUCAACAUUUUGGGCUGGAUGGCCAUGGUAGCUUUUGGAAUGAAUGCAGCUAUAAGUGUAAGAGUAUCAAAUGAACUAGGCGCAGGUCAUCCAAGAACAGCAAAAUUUUCAGUAGUAGUGGCUGUUAUAUCAUCCCUCAUGAUUGCUGCCAUUCUUGCUCUCAUUCUCAUCCUCACAAGAAAUAAAUAUCCAUCUUUUUUUUCCACGGAUUCUCAAGUUAAAGAACUUGUCAACGAUCUAACACCAGUCCUUGCUCUCUGCAUCGUCAUUAACAAUAUUCAGCCUGUUCUCUCUGGUGUGGCUAUUGGAGCAGGAUGGCAAGCAAUUGUGGCUUAUGUGAACAUAGCUUGUUACUAUGUGUUUGGGAUUCCUCUGGGUCUUAUAAUGGGUUAUAAACUUGAUAUGGGUGUUCGUGGGAUUUGGUAUGGAAUGUUGUCAGGGACUGUAGUACAGACUGUUGCCCUUUUCUUCAUGGUCUAUAGAACAAAUUGGAACAAAGAGGCUUCUAUUGCUGAAAGUAGGAUAAAGAGAUGGAGAGGACACGAUUAAAGAUUCAGAAGCGAAAAACAAUGAAAAAAUAACCUAGUCCUGAAAGUGAAUGGAAAUGCACCAUGGAUUGUGAUUCUUUGAAGGAAAAGCAAUGAUUUAUCAAUAAUUUCCCAGGGAAAAUAUGUACUUCUCAUCAGAAAGCUUUUCAUUUUUGUUUAGAAGAAGGUCAGGAUAUUGAAACCCCAAGACUUCUGCUUACAAUUAUCUAGAGUGUACCAAUAUGUAGACCCUGCCAUGGCCAGUUUAAUCCGGAAUCGAAAUUGAUUAAAAUUGCAUUGAUGAUCUUAAAA